UGUUGUUAUGCUCGAUUUAUAAUUUUAUAUAGUUGUCUUUGUUGCAUACCUUGUAUAUUCGAAGGUGCAUUUUAACUAUUAAGAUCUAAUAGUAUUGUAAUUGAGCCUUUAGUAUGGGCAUGACCCUUUGGUUCUUAUUCAUCGGACCGAGUGUUUCAAAAUAGGGCUUGGGCCUAGAAGUCUGUAGACCAGGGCAACUGUCAUCCCAGAUUUUGUUGUAUAAAUGAAAUACAAACCAGAAAACGUUUGGUGCUUGAUGGAAUUAAUAUCAUCACUUUUAAAUCCUAUUUUAGGGCCAUAUACAUAUGUAUGUAUGCAUGUAUGUAUGUUAGCUUUGUUAACUUAAAUAUUUUAACAUUAUCCAAGUACUUUAGAACAGAACAAGAGCACACUACACGAGUGCUAUCAUAUGCAGGUUCUGGUUAUUUUAGAUACUGUUGGAGAACUUAGUAAAAGUUAUUCUUCUUUUUAUUUUUCUGAGCUCUGUGUCUUGUCAAUAUGCAUCAGAUCAUAUACAGAAAUAAGAAUUUGCAUUUUGGUUUAAAACUGUGCCUUAUGGCUGCCGUAGGAAGAAAAAUAAAAAAAUCUAGAGAAGCUAGGUAAAUGGAGUAAUUUUGAGGGGAAAAAUUAUUCCAUUAUUUUGUAGGAGUAAGUUAAUCUUGAGUUAAGUGGGGUAAAUAUGUUAGGAGAAAAGAUAUAGCAUUUAUGAGGUACCAAUUUUUCUGAAAUACCAAUUUUGCUUUUCUGAAAAGGUGAUUUAUUCCAUAUGCUCAAAUGACUGUUUGGCUGAAAAGAGGUGGAAUAAAUGGGGUAAGUAACUCUUAUUCCUCCUUAUUCCACUUCCAAAAGCAGCCUAAGAAACUAGUGGUUACAACUUGUAAACAGAUUUUUUUCUAUUCCACUUCCAAAAGCAGCCUAAGAAACUAGUGGUUACAACUUGUAAACAGAUUUUUUUUAAGAAAAAAAUAAACUUUACCCUAUUCUUCUAAAAGAGAACAAGAAAAUUUCUUGAGCAACUUUCGAAAACACGUCAUUGAACACAUGGAGCAAGCAUUGAAUUUAUUGAAUGUGCUUGUCUGUGUCCUUUGUUUCAUGAAACGAAUGCUCGGGUUAGCACCUUUUCAUUUUAUUAUUAAUUUUUAGCAGUCUACAUGUUUCUCCAGAGCCAUUUAUUAUAACUAAAAGAGGAAGAAGUUGGUUCCUUGGUGUUAUGCUGUCCGAUGGAAGACAGAACGGGAUAGACUUGUUGAAGAGAGGAUGUCAGUUACAUUUAUGAACUACCAUUUAAUGGAAUGCUAUUGGGCGACCUAUGAGGUCCCGCUGUUUUGAUGUCCGUACUUUUCUUUAUGCAUCUAUUUAUUGGAUUCAGUUUCUGAUUAUUACUAUGAUUAGUUUAGGAGUCUACUUUGCAACACUAAUUAUCUGUUUUGGCAUUAUCGUUAUGGGCAUUUUCCGCCAUACCUGUAUUUAUGUGAAGAAAGACCGUGCAAUCCACUCAUUUGGAGAUAGUAUUGAACAACAGUUCUAUAACUAUACUACCUUUGAGCUUGUGCUUUUGUGACCAGUUAACUUAGUCUCUCUCAAGGUUGGCAAUCUUGGUGUACGGUGGCGAUACGGCAGGUAGGGGGGCCGGUUUGGUGUAUUGAUACUAGUUAUACCUCCCGUACCACAUAUCGAUUCAGUAUUGGUAUGGUAUGCCUAGUAUACAAUAGUACGAACUGGACUGCUUGUGUCAAGCUUGAAGAAUAUCAGACUGCUAAGGCAAGUCUUGAAACAGGUGCCUGUUUGGCACCUGGAGAUUCGAGAUUCACACGAUUGAUCAAAGAAUGCAAUGAGCGCAUUGCAGAGGAAACCAUUGACUUGCCCAAAAAAGUGAUGCUGAAUGUUCCACCAAGUACCAUGUCUUCUUCAUCAAAUAUAAGUACUGAAAUUGCAAAGGAUUCUCAGCCCUUGAAAGAUGCAACUUGUCAGUCUACAGCAAUGCCAAACAAACCAAAAUACAGGCAUGACUACUACAAUUCUUCUACAGAAGUGGUAUUGACCAUUUUUGCAAAGGGUAUCCCAGCUAAAAAUGUAUCUGUUGACUUUGGUGAACAGACGUUGAGUGUUAUAAUAGAUAUCCCUGGGGAGGAAAAAUAUCAUUUUCAGCCACGUUUAUUUGAAAAGAUUAUACCCAAAAAUUGCAGAUAUGAAGUCAUGUCUUCCAAAAUUGAAAUCCGUCUAUCAAAAGCCGAACCUAUUACGUGGACAUCUUUGGAAUUUAGUGACAAGAGAACAGUCCCCCAGAAGAUAAACACAUCAUCAGAAUUUGCAGCGCCGGGAUGCCAGAGACCAUCAAAAGCUAAAAUUGACUGGGAUAAGCUGGAAGCCCAAGUUAAAAAGGAGGAGAAAGAGGAGAAACUUGAUGGUGAUGCAGCAUUGAACAAAUUGUUCCAGGAUAUAUAUCGAGAUGCUGAUGAGGACACAAGACGAGCAAUGAGCAAAUCCUUUAUUGAAUCAAAUGGCACGGUACUGUCUACAAACUGGAAAGAAGUGGGUUCAAAGAGGGUAGGGGGAAGUCCGCCUGCAGGGAUGGAGCUGAAGAAAUGGGAGUACUGAUCUUGUUGCUGAUUCUAUUGUGGUGCAGUUUUUAUUGGUUACAGGGCUGUGCGUCUCAGUUCAAAUGGUAGAAUUAUAGCUAUACAAUGUCAAUCUGGACCAGUUUUUUCAUAACAAAGUGGCCAAUAUGGCAUGUCUUUAAAUGUUUGAUACAGCUCUCCAGGUUUAUAUGAAAACAUUCUUUUUCUAAAUGUGUUUUUUGGUUAUA